AUGCCACCAAAAGCAAGCGGAAAAGCAGUCAAAAAAGCCGGCAAGGCAACGAAGGCUAUUGUGAAAGGAGACAAGAAGAAGCGCAAGCAACGCAGGAAGGAAAGCUAUGCUAUCUACAUCUACAAGGUGUUGAAACAAGUCCACCCGGACACCGGAGUUUCCUCGAAGGCCAUGAGCAUUAUGAACAGCUUCGUCAACGACAUCUUCGAACGCAUUGCAUCUGAAGCAUCUCGGCUGGCUCAUUACAACAAGCGUUCUACGAUCACUUCCCGCGAGAUACAGACCGCCGUUCGUCUGCUGCUGCCAGGAGAAUUGGCCAAGCACGCCGUCUCGGAAGGCACUAAGGCUGUCACCAAGUACACUAGCUCCAAGUAAAUUCUUCUGAUCCCAUUGCAUCC